GCGCGAAAUAUUUGGCUCUCUCUGACCGAUAGGAUCGAUCGGAAGCUGGAAGGUCAAAUUGGCGGCGAGGAAUCGAAGGGAUGCGCGCGGCGCUAGCGAGCGUUUCUAGGUGGCCUACUCUACUCGCGCCUCUCAAAUCAGAUCGUUGCGCUUCUUUCCCCCUUGCAGAUCGCUCUCGGAAACGUUUGGUGCUGGAAUUCGUUCUUGACGGCAUACAUUGGGCAUGAACCGUGAGAAAAUUCGUCCGAGAGAAUUCGCGAGACAAUGUGUUCUGGGAGGCUUGUCUUCUAAGCAAGCAAUCCUUGUGAUAGACGCUGGCAUUUAUGUGAGCGGGGUGUCGCGUUUGAUUUCGUGAGGUAGGAGCGGUGUUAGUGCAAUCCAGUCUAGAUCUCUUGGUGGUGGUGCAUUUAUGAGGCAGCGAGCUAGAGAGGAUCAUAGGUAGACCAAUUUUUUGUGAUUUUUGCGGGAGUUUUCUUUGUAAGAGGGGAGCUGUUUUUCUUUCUUUGUUUCCUUUUUUGGAUGCUUUAGCGAUUCGCCAUUGAGUGAAAGCGGCUCCAGGUUCAGUCCCGGGAUCCAGAUUAAACUAAUGCUGCCGCGGACAGCAGCCAGACUGGAUCACUGUGUCUCUUGCAAAAUUGGGCUUUUUGUUGCUGCAUGCUCCUGCGAGAUGGUCGAUUUCUGUGACGUUUUUUUCUUCUUCUCGAGAUCGAGGGACAGUCAUAGAAGUUGAGCGAGGGACAGUCGUAGAAGGUUCUUUGAUUGGAGUGACAGCGAUGGUAGGAGAUAAAAUUCACAUUGACGAGCUUUUUUGAACAAGGGAGGUGUGCGCCGAGACCUUGGCUCCCGGAAGAUGGGAAAGAAGGUGGUGGUGGAGAUUUUGAGCGCGCACAAUCUCAUGCCCAAGGACGGGCACGGCUCCGCCAAUGCGUACUGCAUUGUGGAGUUCGACGGGCAGCGGCAGGCAACCAAGGUGAAGACCAAGGAUUUGAAUCCGGUGUGGAACGAGAAGCUCGAGUUUCAAGUCCGGGAUGCGCAAAGCAUGGCUCAGGAGGCUGUCCGGAUUGAGGUGCUCACGGCGCAUCCAAAGGAGAAGAACAACAGGAAGAAGGAUGGAUUUCUGGGAAGAGUCCGGAUUGAGGGAAUUAGCAUCAAGAAACAGGGGGACGAGGCGAUUGUGAGCUAUUUGCUGCAGAAGAGAAGCCCCUUCUCGCACAUCAAGGGGGAGCUCCGGGUCAAGGUGUACUGGGUGGACGAGGCCAAGAAGGAGGAGGCCAAGAAGGGAGAGGAGAAGAAAGAUGGCGACAAGAAAGAUGGAGAGAAGAAGGAAGGAGAGAAGAAAAAUGGCGAGAAGAAGGACGAGAAGAAAGUUGAGAGGCCGCCACCCCCGACUGUGGUUCCAGCGGCCGAUUACGUCCUGAAGGAGCGAGCUCCGGUGGUGACAGAGAAGGUGAGGACGUAUGAUCUGGUGGAGAAAAUGCUGUAUCUCUACGUCCGCGUCGUCAAAGGGAGGAACAUCAGCAAGGAAGAGCCGUAUGUGGUGAUCAAGUUUGGAGAAGCUGUGGUCGCGAAGAAGAAGGCAACAAAGAAGGACAAAGUUGCUGUGUGGGAGGAAGUCUUUGCGUUCAGCAAAGACAAGAUCCAGGGGCCGACAGUGGAGAUUGUCGUUGCCGAGGACGAGAAGGGAAGCAAAGAUUUGGGGAGCGUCGUGCUCGAGAUCAGCGACAUUCCAUUCCGUGUUCCGGACAGUCCUCUCGCUCCUCAGUGGCACUCCCUGGAAGAUCGGAAAACCCGCGUGAAGAAGGAUGAAGGCGAGGUGAUGCUGGCAGUCUGGUCUGGGACACAGGAGGACGAGAGUUUUCCAAUCGCCUGGCAGUCGGACACAGGUGGUCACGCGCACACAAAGGCCAAAGUGUAUUUAUCUCCCAAGCUCUGGUACCUGAUGGUGAACGUGAUCGAGGCACAGGACCUGGCCGUCUCGGACAAGUCGCGCUUUCCAAACGUCUGCGCACGAGUGACUCUCGGGCCAUACCAGAAGUGGACGACCACGUUCCCGAAAACUCCCAGCGCCAGUCCGAUGUGGAACGAGAGCAAGAUGUUCGUAGCCGCGGAGCCUUUCGAGGAGCACCUGGUGGUGUUCGUGGAGGACAAAGUUUCCGCGGACAAGGCUGAGGUUCUCGGCAGCGUCAAGAUCUCUCUCGCCGGCAACAAGCAGAUCGCAAGGAGGAGCGAUCCAAAGGAACCGGUGGCGUCCUUCUGGUACAACUUGGACAAGAACGGAGACAAGGGAUUCAAAGGCCGCGUCCACCUGAGGCUGAGCUUCGAAGGCGGUUACCACGUCAUGGACGAGUCGACGAGCUACAUCAGCGACAUGAGACCCACGGCUAAGCACCUGUGGAAGAAAAGCCUGGGGAUCCUCCAAGUCGGGAUUCUCCAAGCGAAGGCUCUCCUGCCGAUGAAGAACAAGGACGGGCGCGGCACCACCGACGCCUACUGCGUCGCAAAGUAUGGGCCGAAGUGGAUCCGGACGAGAACCGUGGUGGACAGCCUCAACCCGAAGUGGAACGAGCAGUACACCUGGGAAGUCUACGACCCAUGCACCGUCGUCACCAUUUGCGUCUUCGACAAUUGCCACCUUAGCGACAACAGCAGCAACGCGCAGCCCGACGGCCUCAUCGGCAAGAUCCGGAUCCGCCUGUCCACGCUCGAGAGCAACAAGGUGUACGCCAACUCGUAUCCGCUCAUCGCCCUCCAGCCCAGCGGCGUCAAGAAGAUGGGCGAACUCGAGAUCACGGUCCGGUUGGCGACCACGACGCUCAUCCACGUCCUCCAGGCCUACUUCCAGCCGCCGCUGCCGAAGCUCCACUACACGCGUCCACUGCCGGUGGCCGAGCAGGAGAUGCUACGCAUCGAGGCCAUCCGGAUCGUGGCCGGGAGGCUGGGACGAGCGGAGCCACCGCUCCGGCAGGAGGUGAUCCGCUACAUGCUCGACACCGAGUCCAACAUGUUUAGCAUGCGGAGGAGCCGAGCGAACUACGCGCGGCUGACGAACGUCCUCUCGGGCCUGGUGGUGGUGUCGAACUGGUUCCACGAGAUCUGCAAGUGGUCGUCGCCGGUGACAACGCUGCUGGUUCACGUCCUCUUCCUCAUCCUCGCCUGGUUCCCGGAGCUCAUCCUGCCGACGCUCUUCCUCUACCUCUUCCUCAUCGGGGUGGCGCACUACCGGCACAGGCCGCGAGCGCCGCCGUCCAUGGACGCGCAGCUCUCGCACGCCACAGAUGGGUUAUCCCCGGACGAGCUGGACGAGGAAUUCGACACCAUUUUCACGAAGAAGCACCCGGAUCUCGUCAAGGCGAGGUAUGAGAGGCUGAGGCUGGCGGCGAGCCGGCUCCAGACGGUGGUGGGCGACAUCGCUGCGCAGGGGGAGAGGGUCCAUGCGCUGCUCAGCUGGAGGGAUCCUCGGGCGACGGGGAUCUUCAUCACGUUUUGCUUCAUGCUGGCCAUCGUCUUGUACGUGGUGCCGUUCAAGGUGAUCGCCAUCCUGGUGGGGCUGUAUGCGAUGAGGCAUCCCAGGUUCCGGGACAAGUCGCCCAGCGUGCCCAUGAAUUUCUUCCGCAGGUUGCCAUCGCUGGCCGAUCGGAUUCUGUGAAAGAAGGAACCAAGUUUUUGCUUUUUACUUUAAACCCUUAGAACUUAAGAAAAGGAGAAAAGUUGUUUC